AUGAACAGAGCAAAUUAUUCUGAAGUGUCUCAAUUUGUGUUCCUGGGACUUUCUACCUAUAGACCAGUGCAGCAUCUCCUCCUAGCCUUCUCUACAGUGCUUUAUGUAACAAUCGUUCUAGGAAACUUCCUUGUUGUGUUUAUAGUGGCUUUCGACCCUCAUUUACAUUCCCCCAUGUACAUCCUUUUAGCCAACCUCUCAUUUAUUGAUUUCUGUCUUUCUACUUUAACGGUUCCCAAGAUGAUAUCUGACUUGUACUCUGGGCACAAAACCAUAUCCUUCCAGGGAUGUGUCAUCCAGAUGUUUGUCCUUCACAUCCUGGGGGGAUCUGAGAUGGUGCUGCUUAUUGUCAUGGCCUUAGACCGAUAUGUGGCCAUAUGUAAGCCCCUCCACUAUCUGACUGUCAUGAGCCCACAAAAGUGCAUUUUUCUUCUUUCUGGUGCUUGGGUUAUAGGCCUCAUUCACUCAGUAGCCCAGUUAGCUUUUGUUGUUUAUUUGCCUUUUUGUGGUCCUAAUGAGAUAGAUAGCUUUUACUGUGACCUUCCUUGGUUUAUCAAACUUGCUUGCACAGACACCUACAGAAUGGAAUUCAUGGUAACUGCCAACAGUGGGUUAAUUUCCGUGGCCACCUUAUUCUUGUUGAUUGUCUCCUAUAUCUUCAUCCUGGUCACUGUAUGGAAACACUCUUCAAGUGGUAUGUCUAAGGCUCUUUCUACUCUCUCGGCUCACAUCACUGUGGUGGUUUUGUUCUUUGGACCAUGCAUCUUUAUUUACAUGUGGCCGUUUCCCACAGUGCCAGUGGAUAAGUUUCUGGCCAUUUUGGAGUUUUUGAUUACACCCAUUCUGAAUCCUAUUAUGUACACAUUGAGGAACAAAGAUAUGAAGAUGGCAAUGAGAAGACUGAGUAGUCAACUCCUGAGUUUGAGGAAGAUCUCUUAA